AUGCCAAAGGAAACUCAACCAGCGUGGUAUGGAGUUCAGGCCUCACCCUCUCCAACAACUCGGAAAACCCUCCUAGCCCUCCUAACUAUCUUCUUCCUCCGACUCCUCUCCCACACCCUCUCCAGCCAAAAUCCGGAACAGCUGGACCCGCCAACGCCCCUGGGACAAACUCCCCGCGAAACUCGUCCUGAUAACAGGCGGCUGCAGCGGGAUCGGGAAACAGAUCAUGCUCGAUCUAGCCGCACGGGGUGUCACGGUUAUUAUCACCGAUGUGAAGGAGCCGGACUUCGAGCUGCACUUACAUACCGUGAUAAACAAAAACCCAGCACAAACCGUAACCUUCCACUCCACAGACGUCACCAGCCCCUCAUCCCUUCACUCGCUGCACACCCAAAUCCUCUCAACCCACCAGCGGCCCCCAACCGUCCUAAUCAACAACGCCGGCAUCGGCCUCCCAAACUCAAUACUCGCAACCCCCACCUCAACCAUCCAGCAAACCUUCGCCGUAAACACAAUCUCCCACUUCUGGACCGCGCGCGAGUUCCUCCCCCGCCCAUGCUAAAGGCUAACCACGGACAUAUCAUCACGGUCGCCAGCAUGGCGUCGUUCCUCGGCCUGGGCGGGAUGGCGCCUUACAGCUGUUCGAAGGCUAGUGCGAUGGCGUUUCAUGAGGCGUUGGGGCAGGAGGUUAAGUUGUGGUACAGGGCGGAUAAGGUGAGGACGAGCAUAGUGUUUCCGUAUUGGGUGAGGACGGGGAUGGUGAGGGGGUUGACGGGGAGGGGGGGAAGAGAUGUAGGAGGGAUGCCGGUUAUGGACGUGGAGGAGGUGUCGGGGGCGGUGGUGAAGUUGGUUUUAGGGCAGAGGAGCGGACAGGUGAUUUUACCGGAAGGAUGCAGAUUGAAGAUCGGCGCAACACGGCACUCCCUCUUUACCAACGAAACACUCCACAUCCGGAAACCAGCCUACAAUCGCAUUAACAACGAAAAAUCCGCAACCUCAAGCCCGCGGGCUCCACUCACCUUAAACCCUCCCACAAAACCCCCAACCCCCUGCUCCAAAACCUCUCUCUCCCCCGCCAACACCAGCAUCCUCCCUCCCUUCCAGCACCCUCCCCGUCAACAUUCCCGCCACAGCUGCCGUAAAAUAAUCACCCCUCCACUCCACGCCCUUAACACCCUCCCAUUCGCCUAA